AUAAUUUUGUGAUAAAAAUUUCAAGGAAAAAGCACACACAAGCUCCUUCCUCCCUUCCUUCAGGGAGGGAAGAGAGUUUGAGCGGGGAGAAAAAUCUAUCCGAGACAGAACAGGGACAGUGAGAAAAAUAUAUGAGUGGGAGAGGGAGAAGGAGGAGGAGGAGAAGGAGGGGGGAGCAAAUUAAAAGUUGCCAAAUGGAGAUAUUGGGUUUCAAGAGGAGUGAGACAGGAGUAAAGGGUUUGCCUAUUUGAGUCGUCUUUAUGUUAUGCUAAUCGGGAUAAAUAUUUAUAGCUCGACGCGGUUCAGUCUUAGCUUUUUCGAAGGAAUGGAGCCUGCGUUUUCGAAAUAGGCGUCGUCGACACUGCGGCUAGCUAACCAAAGCAACAAGAAUAGGCCGACGGUUUUACUGCAAAAUGUGGCGUCCAGCCUGGAGAGCAGUCCAAGUGGGACGUGGACUGGCUCAACUUCACCGUCCAGAUUUAAAGCUUUCGGUUCGGCAUGUCGAUACAAAUGUGACGUUUUUCGUGUUGGCAGAUGAGCCUCAUCGAGGACAAAUGAAAGCCUCCCCAACAGAGGAAGAAGGAGCACGUCAGCGGCGACGGGCGUUUUAUGCAGCUUGAAUGCGAUUACCAUUCUGGCGAAUCCGUCUAUUUUGGGACAUUAAACUUGCGAGCUCCGAACACUAACAAGUUGUGAAAUCCUGCAGUCGAAGCGUGUCUUUUCUCGUCGCAAAAUGGAAGCUAAAUGUGAAUCUUUUAGACCGUGACUUGGAGCAUUAAACUGGAUAAACGUGUUUAAAUGUGUCGAGUUAACCAGUGGUCUUGUUGAGGGGAUAGUUGUAGGUUAGUCAUAAUUGUGUCUUAUUAUUGUCAGUCAAAUUUGCACCUCCGCCUAGCUUCAUUUUUAUUAUAGCACGCUUAAGUAGAAUGUUAACUACAGUACUACAUAAACUGUUUUUUUUUAUAUCGUUGUAAAGGCGUUUAAGAAAUAAAAAUACCCGUAUUUUGUUUGCUAGUUUUUGGUAGAAAGGCCGACAAUGGGUUGGUCCUUUUUAAACAUUUAACCCGUUCGCAAUAACUAUUCGUCGUCUUUUUUCGUGUCAGUCACCAACUAAAUGAUUUUUAAGGAAUAUUUCAAUAAAUAUCUUUUAACUUUAGACCCCCCCCUCUGUCGUCUAGACUCAAAGUAGUCGAAGGAAACAGCUUUUAGUGCAACACCCCACUCAGUCUUUGUUCUCCUCAUUCAAAGAUGGCGGCUGCCCGUGGUUCAGCUGCAGAAGCAGCCCAUGGCGUGGUAACAGCCAUUUUGUAGCACUGCAGUUGUUUCACACGCAAAUCACACCAAGAACAAUUUGUCUGGAGUUCUGUAUGAUUUUAAAUAUAAACGUGUAACCUUUUAGUGUCAGACAAAUAUCCCAACUUAACUAAGCUGCUUUUAAAAUAUUUAAACAGUUAGUGGUUCUGCAUUUAAGAAAUAUAUAUAUAUAUUUCCUGCCCUCUUUAUGUGUAAGUAUGGCUGCAAAGUUGGAGCAUAAAGCUUUUCAAUGUAGCAAAAAGCUAAAUGAGUAAAAGUGACUUAUUUAAACCCUAAAAGGCCAUUUUCACUGUACAUAAACACAACUUUGUGUGGGACAGACAUGGCUACUGAGGGGGAAGUUUGUCUGCAGCAGUUGUAGGAGGGGUUGAAUACCGCCCUGUCCUUCACUUGUGUACUGAAUAACAAAUGUUGCUUUCCACACCCCUUCCUUCACCCACUCACCUUUCCGUGUCUCACACAACACAGUGUCUCCCCCUGCAGCCCUGCCUGUCACAUAGAGGCUGUUAAAUGACUGAAUCCAUGCUUCCUUCUGGAAAUCUGUGUCAUGGAUGAUGACGAUGAUCGCCGUCUUCUGGAUAUUUUAGGAGAUGUUGAUGCACUUAAUGAUUAUCUCCAUGGUGACAACAGCAAGACUAUUGAAGAGGAUGACGUGACAAAUGCAGCUUAUGGGUCAGACGGGUCGUUCUUUGGUAACGACACAGCCGGCUCUAAGGAUGGCUCCUCUUCAAUGGAUGACUUUGGCGAAGACUCUGGUGAGGCAGGCCUCCAGCUCUCCGGCAAUCUUUCCUUCAUUGAAAAUGAACUGGAGACUGGGAACUCCCUUGAUGGGGUUGAUCUUGAGGGUGAAGACCAACCCUUCGACAUUCUCCAGAAGUCUCUGUUGGAGGCAGACAUCACAGAGCAGACGCUGGCCCAGGAGGCCUUGCUGGACUCUCAGCCCGCUCCCACCCUUGUGCAAGCUCCCAUUUCCUUUCCCUCCCAGCUGGUCUCUGGGAAUUAUGGGGGCGGGGUGGGGGUCGUCACAACAGGUACUGCUGCGUUUCCAGCAGGACAGGUACUGCAAGGAAUGUCCUCACUGCCCAACGGAUCUGCUCAGCAUAUACAGGUGCUGGGCUCGUUUGGAACCGGUGGUGGCGUGAUGACUCUGAAUAGCAUGGAACGGACUCCACAGAUUGUGUUAAGGCCAGGAGUGCCAGGAGCUUCAACAGGGACUGUGACGGGGGGUCAGGUGUUUGCCCCUACCCAGGGGCAGGCAAAUCAAGUUGGUUUACCUGUCAAAAAUAUUCCUCUUCAGAACAUCAUUAUUCAGAGAGGGCCUGGAGGAACCCAGACUGUUGUCAGGCCAAUUCAGCCUAAACCGACUCAAGCAAGUGCUCAGACGGUCUACAGCCUCGGCCUUCAGCCUGCACCCACCUCUGUGGCUAAUGUAAACACUAAUAGUGCUGCUGGGGUACAGUAUGCCACCAAUGGCCCCAUUGUGGUGCAGCAGCAAAUGGAACAGCAACAGGUUGCUGCUCAGACAAACCUAACACCUGGGCAGUUUCUGGUGCCCAGUUCACUGCCGCUCCCUCAGUCCAGCAGCAUCCAAAAUGGCCCCGUCGACCCCAACAAUCAGAACACAGUGCAGAUCGUGUCAGCUCACAACUUCAGCGCACCAGGAGCUCCACUCAUUCUCAAUAAGGCAGUCGUAAGUGCCAGUCCGAUCGGAGGGACUGUUACUCAGACCUGGAGUGGAGUUUCUUGCGCCAGCACCACCCCAGUGCAGACGUCGUGCACACCUGGACGGCUGACUUUGAUUGGUCCGGCCACAGCAGGGAUCGCUGGCCAUGGCCAAACAGCAAGUUGUGCCGUCCAGCGCCUUCUAGUGACUCAAACUCCGAACUCCUCUUCUUUGUCCCCUUUACCUGGCAACACAACACAGGAACAAGACUACAGACAGAACUUUUCAUCAACUUUAUCAAAGCAGACACAACUCAGCAAUAUCCAUGGUACACAAAACUCUGAGAUAUAUGCACAAAAGAGGACUGUUCCUCCAUCCACAAGGGGAGAAAUACUCUUACAACAGUUGAGGAAAGAUCACAUUGGAGUUCAGAACCCCGAACGGCGCAAGUUCACCUCGAUUGAUGACGCCCUGCUCAGACUCCUCUCCUACCAUGUUCUCCAGGGGGCCCCGCCCAGCCAGGAUGAGUUCACUCAAGUGGAUGAGGAGUUUGAGGCUGUUGCAUCUCAGGUACUGAAGAGGACCCAGGCCAUGGUUAACAAAUACAGACGACUACUAAUAGUAGAAGCAGAGAAUUCCAGUCCAUCGUCAGAAAUAGUGAUGAUUGACAGGACCUUCAACCAAGAGGAACGCGGCAACCUGUCACAGGACAAGCGCAUGGUGCUCGUGGAUCCAGAUUCCUUCCUUGAAGAGUUCUGUUGUGGGACGAAAUCCAAACUUUUCAAGGACCCCUCACCCUCUACGCCAGCAACCAGCUGUAACUGGGAUCAAUCAGAACGAGGCUCGGUGGAGCCGUCAUACAGGACAGACUCUCAGUCGGGGUUUGGAGACCCGGGAGGGGGUGGAGAUGGAGGAUCAGGCUCGAGCCCAAGACUCCACUCCCCGUCAGAAAGCAGGAGGAUGUUGGAUCUGAAGAGAUCCCAACAGGACGUUGGGUCCAGCGGCAGCGCCAGCAACUGCCUGAUCACUGCAAACAGUCACCACCACGGUAAAGUAUCGCACUUGACUCCAGCAGGAGGACAGACUCACUACCAGCUGCCGCAGAAGCUGUCCCCCCACCCCGCCCAGCCGCAGUACUCGCCGCCGCUGGCCUCGCCGCCGCUGGCCUCGCCGCCGCUGGCCUCGCCGCCUCACCCCGAAACGGACUCUGCUUUGGAGGCAGCAGUCAACAGCAUCCUGGAAUGUUAAGACCUUCAUAUCUGACGUUUGAUUGGAGCUUGUUUGUGUUUUUCGGUCAAACUCCUGUGUGAAGGCAGGGUUUGCCCCCACCCCAUCCCCCUUCAGCCCCGCUUGCCAUGGUUUCGAUAUGCAGCCAUGUAGCACCUGCGUUCUGAAGGAUUUGGAGGCAUUUUUGCCCAAGUGGGCAAAUCCUCACGGUGAAGACGGGCACUUACCUAUAAAGAUCCGGGAAUGUGUGCAAUGCAGUGCAUUUAUAAAUGUUUCUUUUUUAGAUUUUAUUUUAAAGCAGUAGGUUCUGCAAAAGUCCUGUAUGCAAGUGUUCCCCCCUUCACGCACCACCUCAGUGUGUCCGUCUGUCUUUGCCCCGCCACAGGGAGGAUGACGCGGAGGAGGGGGGGCUCUGUGCCUAAUAAUACAUGGAAGUGUUUACAUGCUGAAAGUUCUACACACUCUUUUCCCUCCUGCAUCACGGGUGCGUUCAGUAGACCUGUGACAUUUUUUCCAAGUUCAUGCAGAUAAAUUGCACUAAGGAGAGCGCCGUUUUAGCGCCGUUUCAUGAGAAACAGGCCUUUGGUGGGAGGGGCAUCACAGAAUGUGAACGGAGCAGAACCAAAAUCUUUUAGAACCAACCUGUCAGACAUUCUCCUCUGCUUUUUGUUUUGUUUUUUUGUUGCAGCAGUUUUUUUUUUUAUAUCUCGAUGGCGUGAAAAACCUGCGGUACAGACAAAUCUGUGGCGUUUCUCUUCUUACUUCCUUUGCAAGUGUCUGCACGGUUAAAUCCUCAGAUUGAGGAAGAUUAAUGAAAUGAAUCUUUUUUUCUUCAUUUUUAGAAGUGACAUUAAAGGGAAAAAAAGUCAUUUGGUUUGUGGUGAUGCGUUACAUUUGUUCAUUCGCUCACAGAGGGUCACCGAUUGUACAUAUGUCUGUCUGCCUUCUGCAUACUUUUAUGCAUUAUUCCUGUGCUUAUCUAUGCUUUAUAAAUCUAUAAUUGGGUUCUGUCAGUUUGUUCCUUAUACUGGUAUUUUUUAUUUUAUUUUGGAGUCCAAACAUUUCUCACUUUUUUUCCACAGCAGCAAAAACCAAAAUCCUCAAAAGAAAGUGCAGUUUAGUCCAGAUUAACCUCAGAAAUGAGAAAUAUGACUUGUUCCAUGGAUCUGUAUUCUCUGUGUUUCAAGUGGUUUCUAAAGGAAAAAAACGCAGAUCUGAACAUAUCUAUCAUAAAUCUGCACUAUGAUAAAAUGAAGAAAUUGUGUUUUUUUUUUUACUCCUCACUGGACCAAAGGUUCACUUUAAUCUAUGAAACCAGCCUGAGGUGGAUUCUGCAGACUUUCACAUUUCUGUUUGCUGAUUGGCUACAUUUGUAGACUGACCGCCUUUGAAAGUGGCGAUCUGUUCUUUUCUAGUUUCUUUUAUUCUGAAAGUGCCAGUGGCCGUCACAGCCCGCCUGUAUCUCGCCUCAAACGCGGUUUGACCAGCGGCCAGUAACCGCAGAGGAAGCCAGGCUCUCUGCUUUAAAAGUCAAACACUUGAGGGUCCGCCGAUGUUCCAUCGCCCGCUACAAGAUGUUGUGCCUCAGUAGCACUUAGGUCGUGCGCUUGUAUGACGCCGCGUGAUUUGGAUGCAUAUCUCGGCCUCCAGGUUCUGGUAGGAACACGCCGUGCUUUCUCUAUACUGUCUGUUCUGCAGAUAUUUCUUUUCUGCACCCAUUUUCACUGUUGUUUAUAUGGUUUGUGAAGUUUAUUGUUUUGCAUAAAAAAUGAAAAGUUACACACAAAAUAUUUAUAAUUUUUGUAUUGACUAAAAAGAAAAAAAGGUUGUUUAAGGAAAACUUAGGAAAAUGGAAAUUAUUUUUAUUGUGUUGGCUGAAUGGCAAUGCCAAGAAAAUAGUUUGAAAAAUGUCGUGUCAUUUGCUGACGUGUUCACUACAAAGGCGAGAACAGUCGACAAUAAAAGUCAUUUUAAGUAUUUUAA